AUUUAUACCUUACUUUCAAUUUGGGUGAGUUUCUAUAUUUGUUUUGGAACCAAACCUCACCUACUUUCUCAGGAGCAUUUUCAUUUCUCAUACAUUUUCUCUCUCCCCAAUGUAAGCAACAACCACACCCACCCACCCGCCCUCAUGAAAGUUUUACCCAAGAAUUUGGAGGGAGAUCUGAUGUGCCCUGCCGUUGAUUACAGCUGCAUUCAAGAUCAUGAUGCCGCUUGAGCAUAAAGGUUUGACCUUGCAAUCACUUGAAUCCUUUGAUCUCUGCUUUUGGGAUAAUUCAGAAAAAAUGCAAAAGGCUUGGGAGGCAUCCAUGAGAUGCCUCCAGAGUAAGGCAUUCCCUUACAACCCUCAAUUUAAUGUGAGUUUUGUGGAAGGGCUGCCAGGGGUUAAAGAUGAAGUUCAUACUGAUUGUCGAGGUGGUAUCAUUGAAGGAGACUGCUCAUCAAGUAUAGAGUCUAUUGCACCUCCUAAUGAAGGCUACUAUGGGCCAAUGCAUCUACAAGAUUAUUAUCAACGGUCAACUUCCCAUCCAUACAUUCAAAAGGCACACCACAACCAAUUUCAUAUGGUUGAAAGCCAUUUUUAUCCCAUGAAUCACAAGUCCUGCUUUCCUAUGGAUAAUCAGCCUCACUAUGUGCCCUUUCUGCCCUUGAAGAUGUUAUCUCAAAGUCAUCCACAAGAUUUCCAUUUCCAAGAAUUUCAGUAUUUUGUGGUAAUUGACUUUGAGGCAACCUGUGAUAAAGAGAAGAAUCCUCAUCCACAAGAGAUUAUCGAGUUCCCAUCAGUACUAGUGAACAGUAUGACUGGCCAACUGGAAGAUUCUUUUCAAAUAUAUGUGCGGCCUACAUGCAAUCAUCUUCUGAGUGAUUUCUGCAAAGAGCUUACUGGUAUCCAGCAAAUUCAGGUGGACAAUGGUGUUCUCCUAAGCGAAGCUCUACUCAUGCAUGAUAGAUGGCUUGAACAGAAAGGGAUUAAGCACACCAACUUUGCUGUGGUGACAUGGUCAGACUGGGAUUGUCGGGUGAUGUUGGAAUCUGAGUGCCGAUUCAAGAGGAUCCGAAAGCCACCAUAUUUCAACAGGUGGAUUAACUUGAAGGUUCCAUUCCAUGAGGUAUUUGGCAACAUCAGGUGCAACCUAAAAGAAGCUGUCCAGCGGGCUGGGCUACUGUGGGAAGGCCGUGCUCAUUGUGGUUUGGAUGAUGCUAAGAACACUGCUCGUUUACUUGCCCAUAUCAUGCAUCGUGGAUUUAGGUUCAGUAUAACCAACUCACUGAUUUGGCAAUCUACUGAGCGCCCUUCGAUAAGGCAGCAGUUCCAUGAUUGCCAAUAUGGCCCCAUCCAGCAUCCCCACAAAUUGAAGCACCCACUAGGGCCCUUUAUGCGGUUUCAUCCAAUCCCAGUAGAGCCUGAAAAAGACCUAGGAACAUAUUGUUUCUGUGGGGUGAGGAGCAGCAGGCAGAUGCUUCGCAAGCCAGGUCCAAUGCAUGGAAGUUUCUUCUUUGGAUGUGGGAAUUGGACUGCAGCUAGGGGUGCACUUUGCUCAUAUUUUGAAUGGGCUACUUAGUGACUUGAGUGAAAGGAUAUCUAUCCUUACCUGUGAAAGCAAAAAUGAAAAUUAAAAAAAGAAAAAAAAGGGGGAAAAAAAAGGGAAAGAAAGAAAUGAAUGACAAGAGAGGGAAGGUCUCCUAUGAAAGCAAUGCUGGUGUUCGCUCAUUCAUGAGGUUGCUGCUUCUUACAUUUGAUACUGUAGCCUCCAAAGGGGUGUCUGUUCAUAGAAUCUUUGAGAAGUCUAAUAGGAAGAGGGAUCUCUAACUUGUAAAGCUGACUUCUGGUUGGCAGAAAAGCGGGAGGAUAUGGAAUAGGAAAUGCUUACAUAGGAGAAUGGUUUUCACCAUGCCAGGACAUGGUUUUAAACUUCUUAAAUAAUCUUGUUAAAUAGGGAUAAUGUGUUUUAUCUAUGGUUUUAGUGGGAAUGAGCUGCCAUUGAUUGCGCUCCUUUUCCCCUUCAAGUUUC